GGCGGAAGGCCGGCCGUGUGCGGCAGGCAGGGCUCGGGGGAGCCGGCCCGGGCUGGCCCGGUGACACCGGGCGCUUUUUCCGUGCGCGCAGCCGCGCGUGGGCAGCGGGCGAGGAGCGAGCGGGGAGGGAGCGCCGCGAGCCCGUGUCGCCUCCGUGUCGCCUCCGUGUCGCCUCCGUGUCGCCUCCCCCGGCCUGCCCGGCCACCCCCGGGCCGGAUGCGGCGGAGGCAGCGGCGAGCCGAGGCGCUGCAGAUGUCCUGUGGCAGCCCGUGCCCCGCCAGGAGGUCCUGCCUGCCUUAGCCAGCAUCCUGCCAGCCAUGGCCUCAACGCCCCAGUGAGGGACACGAGGACGAGGAGCCAGUGUCCCCAACGCCGCCACGUCCCCUGGGGGAGCCAUGGAGGCCCCUCUGGACGUGCCUGUAGGGAACCUCAUUGACUUUGACAGCGAAACUCCCGCCUGUGACCCCUCAGAGCCCGCUCCUCCCGCUGUCCCCAGCGACAGCGGCCACCCGGGGGACACAGGGGACGUGGCCGCGGAGGAGAGCGACGCCACCGAGUCAGCAGACAGCGAGAAUGACAUGGGGGACUCUCCCCAGCACUGGGGUGGCUCCCGCCGCUCCUCCUCCAACGAGUCCCUGUCCUCCAGCCAGAGCGCGGAGUCGGCGCGCGACGAGGCCUCGGCCGAGCGCCGCGAGUUCAUGCGGGGUUACGUGGAGAAGAUCUUCACCGGGGGGGAGGAUUUGGACCAAGAGGAGAAGGCCAGGUUCGGGGAGCUCUGCAGCAGCGAGAACGGGAAGGGCAGGGAGUGGUUUGCAAGAUACGUGAGCGCCCAGCGCUGCAACUCCAAGUGUGUCUCGGAGCAGACCUUCUACCGCCUGAUGCAGUCCUUCGCCCUCGUGCUCUUUGAGUGUCACCAGAUGGACGAUUUCAGCCCCGCCAAGAACCUCAUGACCAUGUGUUUCACCUAUUACUACAUAGGGAAAGCUCAGGCCCUGCCCUUGGAGGCCAAGGAGAAGCCCACGGGCAGCAUCGACUCGUACCUGAAGUCAGCGAACACCUGGCUGGCCGAGAAGAAGGACAUUGCAGAGAGGCUGCUGAAGAACACCUCGGCCAAGACAGAGAACGUCAAGGGCUUCUUCGGGGGCCUGGAGACCAAACUGAAGGGUCCUGCCCCCAAAAAGAGCGAAGAAGGUGAGGACAAACCAAAGGAGAAGCUGAAGAAAACGGUGUCCCUGCAGAGCCCCGAGGAGGAGAAGAAGGGGGAGAAGAUCUACCUGUACAUGCACCUCAAGCAGCAGCCGAUCUGGCACAACCUCCGCUUCUGGAACGCCGCCUUCUUCGACGCCGUGCACUGCGAGCGCAGGAAGAGAUCCCCCACCACCAGAGGGAACACUGGGGAGGAAGAGGAGAAGAGGGAGAAGUGGUGCCACAUGACGCAGGAGGAGCGCGACGACAGCCUGCGCUUCAACGAGAACAUCACCUUCGGGCAGCUGGGCACCUUCAUCCACAACAUGCUGGCGUUUGGCCUCAGCAAGAAGCUCUGCAGUGACUUCCUGAAGAAGCAGGCGACCAUCGGCAACUUGGACGAAGAGCAAUACAAGCUGCUCAGUGACCACAUCGAGCAGAUGGCCACGGAGUAGCCAGGCUGGCACGUGGCAGCAGAGAGAUGGCAACCGGACAGGUGGGGAGGGGACAGGAUCCCACCCCCGGGGCUACCUGAGACUGCAGCUGGGCUACCUACAAACCGAACCACACACACGAGCUGCAAUAAAACCUGCAUGAUCGUCCACCAGGCUCUGGAGCUGCCCCGGGGCAGCCUGUAGACAUAGGAGCCAAACAGCCCCAGCCCUCGCCAGACCCUCCCGCCUCCACUGUCACAGCAGACAGCCCCAAAAGUGAAUGUGGUUGGUUGAAAAGCAAAACAAAACACAAGGAAGAGCGUGGCUGUGCAGCCCCCAGGUGCUGUGGCUGCAGCCCCCCCACGUUGAGGUCUCAGUGGUAAAUCCAGAGGGAUCCAAGGCUGCUUUCCCUGCUGGACUCCCCUCGCUGAGGCUGGAGCUGCACCAGGGAUGCAGGAGGUGGUGACAGGGACCACAGCCCGAGCUGGGGCUGCACCCAGGCACCUCUCGGGUUCUCUGGUGUCUCCAGGGUGCCACCACUGCCUGGGGACAUGGGCAGGGUGGGGCUGGCAGAGCGCUGCUGCCGCCCUCCUCGGGAGCUGGAGGGAAAUCCUUCCCUUGGGAAGCCUUCACCGUGCUGCCUGUGGGGGUUUGUACCUCGGGCAGGGGGACAGCAGUUUGCUCCAUAUCAUCACCCCCAUCAGUAGGAAAAAAGCCAUGGCCCUGGGCAGGAUUGCAGGCAGAGGCACAGGAGCUCUGCUUGCCUGGGAGGAGAUGGCAAAACCUCAUCCCUCUCCCUGCUGCCCUGUCAGUGCUGGAUGCUGCUGGAUUGUGACAUUUCCCAAAGCCUCCUGGCAUCCUGUGGCAGUGGAUUCAUUUCCUCCUUGCCCGGGCUGCUCCUCUCUGCCCCUCCCUGGCUGCAGCUGCUCAUCCAUCAAACCCGAAACUGCCCUGCCCAAAGGACAGCUCCCUCCUGGGGACACAGGGACAUCUCUGGGGACACGGGGACAUGGCUGCUCCCCUCUGCAAGGAGCAGCCCACGGGGGCAGAAACCCCCAGCCCUGCACAGCCAAGGGGCCAGCAGUGGCACCCCAAAAACCCCAUCCUGGAACACGAGUCCAGGUUUCAGUCACUCCCUUUUCCCUGUGCUGCCAGCUGUCUCCCAUAGGAAAUAGCAUAAAAGGAUUUUUUUUUUCCAUGUAGCUCUUGGCUUCUGGUGUCAUUUCCAAGCAUCAAAGUGAUGCUUUUACCUAAGCUGGGCUUCCCCUGCUGCUGGGGAUGGGAUCUGUGCUGGGUCUUGUAGGAAGGACAAAUCCAGCACCAAUUUUUCCUUGGCCAUUCCCAAACCUGGGCAGAGUCACUGGAAAGGGGUUUGUGUUGGGGUCAGGGGCUGAUGUUGGUCCCUCAUCCCAAUAAACCCUUCCUGCUGGCUAAAAUGUGCUGCACCAUGAGCAGCUCAGCAGCCUGGAGCAUCCCAUCCCUAUGGCCUUCCCUGCCUCUGUCUCCACUCAGGUCUUCCCCAAAUCCUCCUUCAUUUCUUUAUUAUUAUUAUUUUUUUUUCCAACAUGAAAAGAAAUGUUCAGCGCUGAAGUAUAUAUAUUAUUUGCAUGUGUAUUUUUCUAUAAAAACAAUUAAAAUCUAAUAAAAAAUAGCCAUAAACCCUCCUCGACCGGGAAUGUGUGAAGGAUGGGAUGUGACAGAGAGAGAGAUUGGAAUAAAUUAUCUUAGAAAUGAA